AUGGGCUCCUCCGAGAACCAGAUCGCCACGCCAAACUUGCGAUACAUCCCCCUCUCCUAUAGCCCCGCAGACUCCCAGGCAUCCGCCCUGCGACUGAUCCUGACGCUCUUUCCAGACUGGGAGGGCCCGGAGAACAAGAUCGAGUUCGUGCGCUUCACCGAUGGCAUCACCAACACUCUUUUGAAAAUCAUCAACCGCAAGGCCGGCUUGACGGACGAGCAGGUAGACAAUGAUGCGGUAUUAAUGCGCGCAUACGGCAACGGCACUGAGAUCCUCAUAGACCGCGAAAGAGAAACUACAUCCCACGCCCUUCUUGCCAGCUGCGGCCUCGCUCCCCCUCUCCUCGCUCGUUUUAAUAAUGGCCUUCUCUACCGCUUCAUCCGUGGUAAGCCCUGCGGCCACGAGGACUUGGCAACUGCUCCCAUUUACCGUGGUGUUGCUCGGCGACUUGCGCAGUGGCAUGCGGUUCUUCCUAUUUCCGGUGCCGUUUCUACCUCCGGGGCAGACUCGACCGGAGCCAAUGGCGAGAAGCAGGGCUUUGAGAUGAUCCAACCGCGUCGCGCGGGGCCCUCCAUGUGGGCUGUUCUUCAGAAGUGGAUUAUUGCUCUCCCGGUGGCCACGCCUGAACAGCGGGCCCGCCAGUUGAACCUGCAACAGGAACUGCAGUGGGUGGUGGGCCAGCUCGACGAUGGCAAGGGAAUCGGUGAAGACGGGCUUGUUUUCUCUCACUGCGAUUUGCUUUGCGCCAAUGUGAUUGUCCUGCCCAGCGACGAGAACUCUAAGCCAUCCGAUGAUAUCACCCCCGUUAACUUCAUCGACUACGAAUAUGCCGUUCCUGCCCCGGCAGCCUUCGACAUUGCCAACCACUUGGCUGAGUGGAUCGGCUACGACUGCGAUUACAACAUGAUCCCCACGCAAUCAGUGCGCCGUCAAUUCCUGACCGAGUACACUAAGAGCUACAUUCAGCACCGCAAGUUGGAUACUUCUUCCGAAAGCGAGAUCGUCGCCAGAUUAUAUGAGGAUGUCGACCGGUUCCGCGGUAUUCCCGGUCUAUACUGGGGUGUUUGGGCUCUUAUCCAAGCUCAGAUUUCGCAGAUCGAUUUCGACUACGCUAGCUACGCCGAGCUCCGUCUAGGCGAGUACUGGGCCUGGAAACGCGAAAUUGACGGAACCCGUCAAACCAGCGGAGAAGCUAUGCCCCUCCGUGAGCAGCGCUGGGCGCAACAGGCAUGA